AUGUAUUUACGUGACGAGUUUGAAAAUUGUGAGACAGAUGUCCGUCUGAACGGCAAAGUAGCCCUCGUAACUGGUGCUACUUCAGGGACUGGCUUGGAAGUAGCCAGAAAUUUGGCAAAGCGCGGCGCCAAGGUUAUCAUUGCCAGUCGCAAUCCUAGCAAACUAGAUACAGCUAAACAAGAUAUUAUACGAACGACAGCCAAUGAAAACAUCAUCGCAAGACAGAUGGAUUACGAAUCAUUAGCUUCAGUUAGAAGGUUCGCUCACGAAACGAUAGCUACUGAACCACGUCUUGAUAUCCUCAUAAACAACAUUGGAGCUAUAGGACUCGAAGACAAACUUACCGAAGACAAUCUACAACUUAUGAUGCAAGUGAACUAUUUCGGAGCAUUCCUUCUCACUUUUCUGUUAUUCCCUUUAAUGAAAUCAUCAGCACCAAGCAGAAUAGUCAACAUUUCAUCCCUAGCUUUACUAUUUGGUGACAUUAACUUGGAUCAUAUGAAUGAUGUCGGCAGAUACUCCAAUUUUGGUUUCUAUUGCAACGCUAAGUUAGCUGCUGUUUUGUUUACAGUUGAAAUGAACAGACGCGUGAACGGUUCAGGUGUUAACGUGUAUAGUAUGGAUCCAGGUUUAUCUAAAUCAGAAUUCUUUAGGAACUCUGACAACGAGUUUUGGAAGGGAUUGCUUAACAGUGCUUUGCAGAUUUUUGGACGCCCCAUAGAUAGAGUGGCUACGAUGCCUGUAUAUUUAGCACUCGAUCCCAAAUUAGAAAACCGCAGUGGAGCUCACUUUAGAGACUGCAUGGAUUUCUACAGUCAUUGGAGUGUUAAUGACACAGUACUGACAAAACGAUUGUGGGAUACAUCCAAGAGAUUAGUGAAGAUCGUUGAUGAGGAAGAUUGGGAAUUUAAUUAGUAGUUAAAAUAUAGUUAAAUUUAAAAUACAUUUUAAUAGAAUACAAUAUUACUUUUUUUUUUUUUUUCCUCGUGACCACGGCUGCUGUAACGUAGCCGAAACGUCGAGGUAAAUUAAUUGUUUUAAAAAAUGCACGAACAAGACCCGAUUGCAUAUAAUUAUAAUACAAUAUUACUAUCCAUUUUUUUGUGUUGAAUAGUCCAUUUAU